AUGGUUGAACAGCUGACGACCAGCCACUCCGGCGACUACAGGUCAACACGCAGAUCACAAGAUCUGUCUCCACAACCCAGGGAUUGGCACCAACCGAUCAAUCGAUCAUUAUCCCCAACUGAACAUUCCACACUGCCCAGUUUCAAAGAGCUGGUUAUCUCACCUUCCACAACCUGUCCCCAUUUCGGAACCACACACUCCACUGCUACAUCGCCAACACGCCCUUCAGUCCAAGAAGUAUAUGUGCCCACCGUAAUCAAAAGUUGCGGUUUCUACGCCAGCUCUGUUCCAUCUGCAAUACCGAGAACUGGUGGAACCGAACCUGACCAUCAAGCUUAUAAAUCCCCGUCCGGAACGAAUAAUGAAAUCCUACUGGAGCACGGAUAUCGUCCGUCUGUUGCGGGUCACCAGUCUCGGGUCGAUAGCCACCAAGGAACGAUAUUGGAUAUUGCAUCCAGCUACAGAGGUCUUGGAAGUUCAGCUGCUCAACUAGCUGCUGGAGGCGCCGUGCAUCCUCAGCGCAAAGUCAGAACUACCAGUUCUGAACGUAUGCCAAUUACUGAUUUGGAUUCCGUAGCUUCAAAUAGCCGGUCGUCCUCGACGAAAUUCGCUGUACUUGGAAUAGCUCAGACAGGAAUCGAGUUGUCUGGCAAAUCGGACGGUGAAUCAAGGCUGCAGGAUCAGCCUCCUCCCGUCGAACAAAAAGACGUCAGAGAACAGCGAUUGGCCGAAAUGAAACGCUCGGAACUCCGUUCCCGAUCACCCGCAACAAAUACAACCUCCACUGUUCCCGCUGAAAUCAGAUUUCGAAGGUUAGCGCCCCUCUAUUCUUCGUCCACUCCACUGUCGAAUCGUCCCUGAGUGCAUGACGAUCAAGUUGUCUAGUUCAUCCUCGUCUUGGUGGCGUUGUGAUGUGUCUCUUCC